AUGUUCUAUUUCCACUGCCCCCCGCAACUCGAGGGCGCUGCCCCCUUCGGAGCACACUCCGCCGGCGACUUCGACGACGGGUUCCUGCGCAGGAAGCAGCGUCGCAACCGCACCACCUUCACCCUGCAGCAGCUCGAAGCACUGGAAGCAGUUUUUGCACAAACCCACUACCCCGAUGUGUUCACUCGGGAAGAACUGGCGAUGAAAAUCAACCUGACGGAGGCCCGGGUGCAGGUGUGGUUCCAGAAUAGAAGAGCUAAAUGGAGGAAAACAGAGAGGGGGGCUUCUGACCAAGAAGGCUCUAAGGAAGCAAUGGCUGAGGUGGCACCUCCUGUCAGAAACUUAAAUUCCCCUUCUCCAGCUGAUCAAACCAGGAAUAAAAAAGAGAGUCUGGAGAUCCAGCAGAGCCUGAGUCGAGCAGUCGGUCCUACAGGACCCUUCUUCCCCUCCUGCCUGCCUGGGACUCUUCUCAACACAGCCACCUAUGCACAAGCUUUAUCCCACGUUGCAUCUCUAAAAGGGAGCCCACUGUGCUCAUGCUGCGUUCCAGACCCCAUGGGCCUCUCCUUCCUGCCCACCUACGGCUGCCAAAGCAACCGCACCGCCAGCGUGGCUGCACUGCGCAUGAAAGCCAGAGAGCACUCAGAGGCCGUGCUGCAGUCUGCUAACCUCCUGCCCACCGGCAGCCCCACUCCUCCUGCCAAACCCAGCCCAGAGAGCAGCCAGGACAAGCAGCCCUCUCCACCCAAGGAGCACGUGGAAGGGGAGAAGAGUGUAUGA